AUGCUACUUCUCGGCGUCCUCUCGUUGCUCGCCUUAGCGACCCUUUUCUCAAAAGCAACGGCAGCAAAUUCGACUUUAUCUGAUAAUGGGAGACUUGCGCCGCUGAAAAGAGCAAUAACUGCUGUCCCUAGCUCACUCAUCGUGCAGUAUUACGAAGCCGGGCCCUCUAGCGGCGAGACUGUGCUUCUAGUUCACGGAUUCCCUUAUUCAAUCGAUGCUUUCGUUUCAGUCAUACCACUGCUUGUCAACCAAGGCUAUCGAGUCAUUGUGCCUUACCUCCGCGGCUUUGGUGGAACCAAGUUUCUCUAUCCCCAUACCCCACGCAGUGCCGAACAGACUGCUUUGGGGUACGACAGUAUGGUGAUUUCUAAGUUUUCCAUGAUGAAUCCCAAGGCUGCGAACGCUGCUCUCCUCGCUCUGUGUGUUAUGUCGGUUUCCGCGACCCUCUUUGUUAAUUUUACCAAUUAUGCAGCCGAAGACUGUGUUAUUCGCUACGGUUCGUCUACGCUUGUCCCGACUUAUUGUGUCAAUAUCGAGGACUUUCCCAUCAAGAGUUACGGGGCGUCGGUGAGCUCUGGAGAGUGUGACGAUUCUUCCACGUCUCCGGUCCUGAACGUGUUCACGGAGGCUGGGUGCAAUGCUGGACUUUUCAACACUGUUGCCUUGAGUACGGAGCCGAUAUGCAUCAAUAAUGAGACGACUGUGCUGAGCGUCAGUGUGGCUUGCAUCUAA